AUGCAGGCGCAGCAGCUGCCGUACGAGUUUUUCAGCGAGGAGAACGCGCCCAAGUGGCGGGGGUUGCUGGUGCCUGCGCUGAAAAAGGUUCAGGGGCAAGUUCAUCCAACCCUUGAGUCUAGUGAUGAUGCUCUUCAGUAUGUUGAAGAAUUAAUUUUGCAACUAUUAAAUAUGCUAUGCCAAGCUCAGCCCCGAAGUGCUUCAGAUGUAGAGGAACGUGUUCAAAAAAGUUUCCCUCAUCCAAUUGAUAAGUGGGCAAUAGCUGAUGCCCAAUCGGCUAUUGAAAAGAGGAAGCGAAGAAACCCUUUAUCUCUCCCAGUAGAAAAAAUCCAUCCUUUGUUAAAGGAGGUCCUAGGUUAUAAAAUUGACCACCAGGUUUCUGUUUACAUAGUAGCAGUAUUAGAAUACAUUUCUGCAGACAUUUUAAAGCUGGUGGGGAAUUAUGUGCGAAAUAUACGGCAUUAUGAGAUUACAAAACAAGAUAUUAAAGUGGCAAUGUGUGCUGAUAAGGUAUUGAUGGAUAUGUUUCAUCAAGAUGUGGAAGAUAUAAAUAUAUUAUCUUUAACGGAUGAAGAGCCUUCCACCUCAGGAGAGCAGACUUAUUAUGACUUGGUAAAAGCAUUUAUGGCAGAAAUUCGACAAUACAUAAGGGAACUUAAUUUAAUUAUAAAAGUUUUUAGAGAGCCCUUUGUCUCCAAUUCAAAAUUGUUUUCAGCUAAUGAUGUAGAAAAUAUAUUUAGUCGUAUAGUAGAUAUACAUGAACUUAGUGUAAAAUUACUGGGCCAUAUAGAAGAUACUGUGGAAAUGACAGAUGAAGGCAGUCCCCAUCCAUUAGUAGGAAGCUGCUUUGAAGACUUAGCAGAGGAACUGGCAUUUGAUCCAUAUGAAUCAUAUGCUCGAGAUAUUCUACGACCUGGUUUUCAUGAUCGUUUCCUUAGUCAGUUAUCAAAGCCUGGAGCAGCACUCUAUUUGCAGUCAAUAGGCGAAGGUUUCAAAGAAGCUGUUCAAUAUGUUUUACCCAGGCUACUUCUAGCCCCCGUUUACCACUGUCUACAUUACUUCGAACUUCUGAAGCAGUUAGAAGAAAAGAGUGAGGAUCAAGAAGACAAAGAAUGUUUGAAACAAGCAAUAACAGCUUUGCUUAAUGUUCAGAGUGGUAUGGAAAAAAUAUGUUCUAAAAGUCUUGCAAAACGAAGACUGAGUGAAUCUGCAUGUCGGUUUUAUAGUCAGCAAAUGAAGGGGAAACAACUAGCAAUCAAGAAAAUGAACGAGAUUCAGAAGAAUAUUGAUGGUUGGGAGGGAAAAGACAUUGGACAGUGUUGCAAUGAGUUUAUAAUGGAAGGAACUCUUACACGUGUAGGAGCCAAACAUGAGAGACACAUAUUUCUCUUUGAUGGCUUAAUGAUUUGCUGUAAAUCGAAUCAUGGGCAGCCAAGACUACCUGGUGCUAGCAAUGCAGAGUAUCGUCUUAAAGAAAAGUUUUUUAUGAGAAAGGUACAAAUUAAUGACAAAGAUGACACCAGUGAGUACAAGCAUGCUUUUGAAAUAAUUUUAAAAGAUGAAAAUAGUGUUAUAUUUUCUGCCAAGUCAGCUGAAGAGAAGAACAAUUGGAUGGCAGCGUUGAUAUCUUUACAGUACCGGAGUACCCUGGAAAGAAUGCUUGAUGUGACCAUGCUGCAGGAAGAAAAGGAGGAGCAGAUGAGGCUCCCUAGUGCUGACGUGUACAGAUUUGCAGAGCCUGACUCUGAAGAAAAUAUCAUAUUUGAAGAAAACGUGCAGCCCAAAGCCGGAAUUCCAAUUAUCAAGGCAGGAACCGUUGUUAAACUUAUAGAGAGGCUCACAUACCACAUGUAUGCAGAUCCCAAUUUUGUCCGGACAUUUCUUACAACAUAUAGAUCCUUUUGUAAACCUCAAGAACUACUGAGUCUUAUAAUAGAAAGGUUUGAAAUUCCAGAGCCUGAGCCAACAGAAGCUGAUCGCAUCGCUAUAGAGAAUGGAGAUCAACCCUUGAGUGCAGAACUAAAAAGAUUUAGAAAAGAAUAUAUACAGCCUGUGCAGUUGCGAGUGUUAAAUGUAUGUCGGCACUGGGUAGAGCACCACUUCUAUGACUUUGAAAGAGAUGCAGAUCUUUUGCAGCGAAUGGAGGAAUUUAUUGGAACCGUAAGAGGUAAAGCAAUGAAAAAAUGGGUUGAAUCCAUCACUAAAAUAAUCCAAAGGAAAAAAAUUGCAAGAGACAAUGGACCAGGUCAUAAUAUUACAUUUCAGAGUUCACCUCCCACAGUUGAGUGGCAUAUAAGCAGACCUGGGCACAUCGAGACUUUUGACCUGCUCACCUUACAUCCAAUAGAAAUUGCUCGACAACUUACUUUACUUGAAUCAGAUCUAUAUCGAGCUGUACAGCCAUCAGAAUUAGUUGGAAGUGUGUGGACAAAAGAAGACAAAGAAAUUAAUUCUCCUAAUCUUCUGAAAAUGAUCCGGCAUACCACUAAUCUCACUCUGUGGUUUGAGAAAUGUAUUGUAGAAACUGAAAACUUAGAAGAAAGAGUGGCCGUGGUGAGUCGAAUAAUUGAGAUUCUACAAGUGUUCCAAGAGCUCAACAACUUCAACGGUGUUCUUGAGGUUGUCAGUGCUAUGAACUCCUCCCCUGUUUACAGACUAGACCACACGUUCGAGCAAAUACCAAGUCGCCAAAAGAAAAUUUUAGAAGAAGCUCAUGAACUAAGUGAAGAUCACUAUAAGAAAUAUUUGGCAAAACUCAGGUCUAUUAAUCCACCAUGUGUGCCUUUCUUUGGAAUUUAUCUAACUAAUAUCUUGAAAACAGAAGAAGGCAACCCUGAGGUCCUAAAACGGCAUGGAAAAGAGCUUAUAAACUUUAGCAAAAGGAGGAAAGUAGCAGAAAUAACUGGCGAGAUCCAGCAGUACCAAAAUCAACCUUAUUGUUUACGAGUAGAGUCAGAUAUCAAAAGGUUUUUUGAAAACUUGAAUCCAAUGGGAAGUAGCAUGGAAAAAGAAUUUACGGAUUAUCUUUUCAACAAAUCCCUAGAAAUAGAACCACGAAACCCUAAGCCUCUUCCAAGAUUUCCAAAAAAAUACAACUAUCCCCUAAAAUCUCCUGGUGUUCGUCCAUCAAACCCAAGACCAGGUACUAUGAGACAUCCCACACCUCUGCAGCAAGAGCCAAGGAAAAUUAGUUAUAGUAGAAUCCCUGAGAGUGAAACAGAAAGUACAGCAUCUGCACCAAAUUCUCCAAGAACACCGUUAACACCUCCUCCUGCUUCUGGUGCUUCUAGUACCACAGAUGUUUGCAGCGUAUUUGAUUCUGAUCAUUCAAGCCCUUUUCACUCAAGAUCUGCUUCAGUAUCAUCUAUAAGUUUAACCAAGAGCACUGAUGAAGUGCCUGUCCCCCCUCCUGUUCCUCCACGAAGACGGCCAGAGUCUGCCCCAGCGGAAUCUUCACCAUCUAAGAUGAUGUCUAAGCAUUUGGACAGCCCCCCAGCAAUUCCUCCCAGGCAACCCACAUCAAAAGCCUAUUCACCACGGUAUUCAAUAUCAGACCGGACCUCUAUAUCAGACCCUCCUGAAAGCCCUCCCUUAUUACCUCCACGAGAACCCGUGAGGACACCUGAUGUUUUCUCAAGCUCACCACUACAUCUCCAACCUCCCCCUUUGGGCAAAAAAAGUGACCAUAGUAAUGCCUUCUUCCCAAACAGCCCCUCCCCCUUUACACCACCUCCUCCUCAAACACCUUCUCCUCACGGAACAAGAAGGCAUCUGCCGUCACCACCAUUGACACAAGACGUGGACCUCCAUUCCAUUGCUGGGCCGCCUGUUCCUCCACGACAAAGCACUUCUCAGCAUAUCCCUAAACUCCCUCCAAAAACUUACAAAAGGGAGCACACCCACCCGUCCAUGCACAGAGAUGGACCACCACUGUUGGAGAAUGCCCAUUCUUCCUGA